UUCUCCAUUCUCAAUUCACACCACUUUUCUAUAUUAUUGUUAUUAUUAUCUUAUUAGAUUGCUUCCUUCUUCACUUCUCCUAUCUCUCCUCCAAGUUAGCAUAAGAUAUAACAAAAAGAAAAAAACAAACACCUUUGCAUCAUCCAUAUUCAUUCAAUCACAUCAUUGAAGGCAAAAUCAAAUUGUUGAGUUUUCGUGUUAUAUAUGGAAAUUGAAGAACAAGGCCUAAUAAAGAUGAAGUCAAGGUUCUCACGUAUCUGUGUCUUCUGUGGCACCAGCCCUGGCAAGAACCCUAGCUACCAACUCGCUGCAGUCCAACUCGGCAAACAACUUGUGGAGAAGAACAUCGACUUGGUUUAUGGAGGAGGGAGCAUUGGGUUGAUGGGGCUAAUCUCACAAGUGGUGUUUGAUGGUGGACGCCACGUGUUAGGGGUCAUUCCCACAACUCUUAUGCCACGAGAGAUAACUGGAGAAACAGUAGGAGAAGUUAGAGCAGUAUCAGGGAUGCAUCAACGCAAAGCAGAAAUGGCUCGACAAGCUGAUGCAUUCAUUGCUCUCCCAGGUGGAUAUGGCACUCUGGAAGAACUGCUUGAAGUUAUCACUUGGGCUCAACUAGGAAUCCACGAUAAACCCGUGGGGUUGUUGAACGUGGAUGGCUACUACAACUCGUUGCUGUCAUUCAUGGACAAUGCUGUAGACGAAGGAUUCAUUACACCAGCUGCCCGUGACAUUAUUGUCUCUGCCCAAACUGCCCAAGACCUCAUGUCGAAGCUUGAGGAAUAUGUGCCGAAGCACAGUGGUGUGGCACCGAAGCUGAGUUGGGAGAUGGACCAACAGUUAUAAAGAGAUAACAUUGCAGAAUGAGAUGAAAUGAAUCUUCAUAUUUUCUCUUUAGAAAAUAGCUUUCUCAAUACAUUUUGUAUUUUCUUAAUUACCAACAAAUUAUGAUCAAUACAAGAAAAUUUCCGUCA